GAUAGGGAAGUUAGGAGUUUGUCUUGCGCUAUUGUGUGUAAGUUCUGCAUCUGCGAGAUCGUGCACCUGAACACCAUGGGUCGACUGGACGGGAAAGUGAUCGUGCUGUCAGCGGCCGCGCAGGGAAUCGGUCGGGCCGCAGCAAUAGCGUUUGCCAAAGAGGGAGCACAGGUCACAGCAACCGAUAUCAAUGGAGAAAAGCUGAAAGAAUUAGACACCUACCCUGGCAUCAAGACCAAGGUGGUGGAUGUGACCAAGCGGGAUCAAGUGGAGGCCUUGGCCAAGGAGUUUGACCACAUUGAUGUGCUCUUUAAUGUGGCAGGGUUUGUCCAUCAUGGGACAAUACUGGACUGUGAGGAGGCUGACUGGGACUUCACCAUGAACCUUAACGUCCGCAGCAUGUACCUGAUGAUCAAGGCCUUCCUGCCCAAGAUGCUGGCUCGCAAGUCAGGGAACAUCAUUAACAUGGCCUCUGUGGCAUCCAGCAUAAAAGGUGUGCCGAACAGGUGUGUGUACAGCACUUCGAAGGCCGCCGUCAUCGGACUGACGAAGUCAGUGGCCGCUGACUUCAUCGAGCAAGGCGUUCGCUGCAACUGCGUCUGCCCCGGAACUGUAGACACUCCAUCCCUGAGAGACCGAAUCCAGGCCAGACCCGACCCAGAACAGGCACUGCAAGACUUCCUGGCCAGACAGAAGACAGGCAGGAUGUGCACGGCAGAAGAGGUUGCCCACCUUUGUGUGUACUUGGCCUCGGAUGAGUCGGCCUAUGUCACUGGAACAGAACAGAUCAUUGAUGGAGGCUGGAGGCUCUGAAGAACUCUCCUGAGACCCAGGGAUGCUGGAAUUGCAUUGGAGUUCAGAACUGGAAUUUCGCUGCACUUAAA